CUGAAAGCUCCUCAGUCAGUAGAGGCUCUCGGGUUUUCUGUGUGUGGUGCUUUCUUUGACUAUAAUAUGGUCCUUGCUCUUAUGAUGCUCUCAGUCAGGCUAUAUUCUCCCAUCCUUUUUUAAGGCUGCUUGCUUUUGCCUGUGCCUUUAGAGAUGAAAAACAGCUGAUCGGGGACAGCCCUAUAAUGUCUUGGGCUUAGUAGAUGGCCAUCUGCUAGCCAUGAGAUAGCCUGUUGAUCUUGUCUUGCCUCUAGGCAGUCUCUUCACAUUUCUUGCCCACAUUGCAGAGGAAAAGCUUCCCUUUUGCUUCCUCAGAACAUUCUUUCCUUUAACAAAUAUUUACUGAGUCCAUAGCUGGUACCCCCACACUGUUCUGUGUGCUGGGGUUAUAGCAAUAAACAAAGUCCCUCGCUUGCAGAGCUCACAUUGCAUUAGGGAGAUGGACAAUAAAGUAACUGAGACAUGUAAGGGAUGGUGGUUGGCACCAUAAAAAAAACAAAGGUGGUGUAAGGAGGACAGUGAUGGUUGGGGGGUAGAAUCUUGUUUUUCUGCUCUGAGAACCCAUCGCCCUUUCUCACGCCCACCUUCUUGUUCCCAUUCCCCAGUCUACCAAGUCGUCAGUCCACAACAGGAAAAUGAGAUUUUUCACUAGCUUAGUGAAGAAAAUAUACAGCCUUAUGACCGGAAAGGCAAACAAUGUGGAAUGUAAACUGAGAAAAACCACAGCUUCUGAAAGCAGUGUUUUAGUACAUGCUGUUAUUGAGUAAUGUAACACCCAACCGCAUUUUGGUUUCUAUACAGCAGUUCCCUUUAUCAGAAAGCUAGCUUUCAUAGGGCUUAUCACUAGUGCUUUGUUUGCCCUUCGCUCACCCUGGCCUCCCUGAAUCAUAUAAAAAGAUCAAAGAGAGCCUGGUUGAGAUUUCUCUUGCAGGAAGGCAGCCAGCUAAGGGCCCUGGAAAGGACAGUGUCUUUUGUCCCAGUUCAUAAUGGAUUGGCUUCAGCUCCAUCCUCUGUCACUUUAUCAAGGGGCUGCUUUCCCUUUUGCACUUCUGUUUAAUUAUCUCUGCACCAUGGAUUCAUUUUCCACUCAAUCCAGGUAUGUCUUUCUCUUGGCUGGAGGGCACCUCCUGGCCUUGGCUGCCCUGGGUUCCUAUGCUGUGCUUGUCUUCAUCCCUGCCUUCUGCACUGUGGUUCUGAUCCACUCCCUCAGGCCACAGGAAGUCCACAGGUGCACUUUCUUCUUUCAGAUGACCUGGCAGACCCUGUGUCACCUGGGUCUGCACUACACGGAAUAUUAUCUUCAAGAGCCUCCUUCCAUGAGGUACUGCAUCACUCUUUCUUCCCUCAUGCUCUUGACCCAGAGGGUCACGUCCCUCUCUCUGGACAUUGGUGAAGGGAAAGUGGAGGCAGCAUCCAGAGGCAUCAGGAUGAGGAGCUCUUUGUCUGAGCAUCUGCGUGAGGCACUGCCCUAUUUCAGCUACUUGCUCUUUUUCCCUGGCCUCCUGGGAGGCCCUCUGUGUUCCUUCAAAAGAUUUCAGGCUCGUGUUGAAGGAUCCAGCUCUUUGGGUCCCAGGCACUCUUUCCGGGCUCUGAGCUGGAGAGGUGUGCAGAUUCUGGGACUAGAGUACCUGAAAGCAGCCCUGAGGCAGGUGGUCAGUGCCGGAGCAGGGCUGAGGGACUGCCAGCAACUUGAGUGCAUCUAUGUCAUGUGGUCCACAGCCAGCCUCUUCAAACUCACCUACUACUCUCACUGGGUGCUGGAUGACUCCCUUCUGCAUGCAGCUGGCUUUGGGUCUGAGUUUGGUCGGGGCCUUGGUGAGGAAGCCUACGUCCCUGACACAGACAUUUGGACCCUGGAGACAACCCACAGGAUAUCCCUGUUCACGAGAAAGUGGAACCAAAGCACAGCUCGCUGGCUCAGGCGCGUGAUAUUCCAGCGCAGCAGGGCCUGGCCACUGUUGCAAACAUUUGCCUUCUCGGCCUGGUGGCAUGGCCUCCACCCAGGACAAGUGUUUGGUUUCUUCUGCUGGGCAAUGAUGGUGGAAGCCGACUACCUGAUUCACACCUUUGCCAAUAUGUUUAUCAGAUCCUGGCCUGUGAGGCUGCUCUAUAGAACUGUCACCUGGGCCCACACCCAGCUCAUCAUUGCCUAUAUCAUGCUGGCUGUGGAGUUUCGGAGCCCGUCCUUUCUCUGGUUGCUGUGUAAUUCUUCCAAUAGUGUAUUUCCUGUGGUGUACCUUGUUUUGCUUUUUCUCCUAGCAAGGAGAAAGCACAGAUGUAACUGACAUCUUUCCCUGACGUUCACCUUCUACAUCCAUGAAGCAGAGCUUUGAAAGUGUCAAAUGAUGCAUUGAUGACGUGUAUCUUUGAACUUUCCAUAAUAGAACGUUUUUUGUUUUUUUUUAAGUGUCGAAUGUUGUUACGGAAUAUUAUGGGUUGAGUUGAUCCCCCCAAAUAUAUGUUGAAGUCCUAACCACCGGAUCCUGUGAAUUUGGACACAGGGUCAUUGCAGGUAUAGUAAGUUGAUACGAUGAGGUCACAGUGGCGUAGGGUUGGCCCUAAUCCAAUAUGUGGUGUCCUUAUAAAAAGAAGAGACACACACACUGAGAAACACACAGGGACAAACCCCAUGGGAUGAGGGAGAUAGAGGCUGGAGUUAAGCUGCCACAGGAAUGCCUGGGGCUGCCAGAACAGAGACCACGGAGGCACUCUUUCGGAGCCUUUGGAGAGCAUUGCCCUGCUGACACCCUGAAUUCCCACUUCUGGCCUCCAGAACUGUGAGAAUAAAUUUCUGCUGUUUUAAGGCACCUAUUUGUGGUAUUUUGUGAUGGCAGCUGUAGGAAAGUAAGGCAUAAACGCCGUGUUAGCACACAGCUCAGCACAACAAGCAGCAAGGGCCUCGGGGAGCACAGAACCAGCUGCCGUCAGGUCCGUUUUGACUCCUGGCGACCCUGUGUGUGUCAGAGUGGAACUGGGCUCCGUAGGGUUUUCAGCAGCUGGUCUUUUGGAAGUAGAUCUGCAGGCCUUUCUUCUGAGGUGCUUCUGGGUGAACUUGAAUCAUAAACCUUUCGAAUAGCAUGAACUGUUUGCACCACUCAGAGAGUUCUUAGUGAGCAUCCAAAAAAACCCAAAGCCGUUGCUGUCUAGUUGAUUCAGACUCAUAGCAACCCUAUGGGACAGAGUAGAACUACCCCAUAGGGUUUCCAAGGAGUGGCUGGUGGAUUUGAACUGCUGACCUUUUGGUUAGCAGCUGAGGUCUUGAUUGUGGUGCCCUUAAUCUUCAUGUUCUGUACUUUUUCUGUUUGUACUCAGUGGCUCAGAGGAGACAGAGUAGAUGGUUGGGGUUUCCCAGGGCUGGGGGCCAUCAACAGGGAAAGAGCAUGAGAUGGCGGUGUUAACCCAUUGCAAACAUGCCACCGAGAUGACUAUCCUGAGAAUCUACCCCGCAGAGGCAAGUGUGGACGAGGAGGGUGCUAUAAACUGGGGGAAAAUGAAAAGCAAUAGAGGUAAUAAUAGAAAGCAAUGUUCCACAUUAGCGUUGUUGAGCAAAUUAUGAUCGACUAUUACAGAAGUGUUAAAACAAGUGCCUUUUAAGGGGGUGCUUCUGGGGAGCUGGCUACAUGGGUGUGUUCAGUUUGUGAAAAUUUUUCCAGCUCUACAUAUGUUUAAUUUCAUUUUAUUUUUUGUGAAAGUAUUUCAGUAAUUUUUAAGUGAGUACUUCUAAUGACUAGGGCAAUUCUUAGGAGAAAAUGUUAAAUUAUAAAAAGAGCUUGGUUAAUAAAGUCUUUUAAAGUUUAAUCUGGGAUCCCUGGGUGGCGCAAAUGGUUAAGCCCUCGAAUACUAGCCAAAAGGAGGCAGUUCUGGCGUUCUGCUUCUGAAAGGUUACAGCCUCAAAAACUCUAUGGAAUAGAACUACCGUACAACCCAGCAAUCCCACUCCUUGGAAUAUAUUCUAGAGAAAUAAGAGCCUUUACACAAACAGAUAUAUGCACACCCAUAUUUAUUGCAGCACUGUUUACAAUAGCAAAAAGAUGGAAGCAACCAAGGUGUCCAUCAAUGGAUGAAUGGAUAAAUAAAUUAUGGUAUAUUCACACAAUGGAAUACUACACAUUGAUAAAGAACAGUGAGGAAUCUGUGAAACAUUUCAUAACACGGAGGAACCUGGAAGGCAUUAUGCUGAGUGAAAUUAGUCAGUUGCAAAAGGACAAAUAUUGUGUAAGACCACGAUUAUAAGAACUUAAGAAAUAGUUUAAACUGAGAAGAAAACAUUCUUUUGUGGUUAUGAGAGAGGGGAGGGAGGGAGGUUGGGAGAGGGGUAUUCACUAAUUAGAUAGUAGAUAAGAACUAUUUUAGGUGAAGGGAAAGACAGCACACAAUACAGGGGAGGUCAGCACAAUUGGACUAAACCAAAAGCAAAGAAGUUUCCUGAAUAAACAGUGCUUCGAAGGCCAGCGUAGUGGGGGCAGGGGUCUGGGGACCAUGGUUUCAGGGGACAUCUAAAUCAAUUGGCAUAAUAAAAUCUAUUAACAAAACAUUCUGCACCCCACUUUGAAGAGUGGCGUCUGGGGUCUUAAACGCUAGCAAGCAGCCAUCUAAGAUGCAUCAAUUGGUCUCAACCCACCUGGAUCAAAGGAGAAUGAAGGACACCAAGGACACAGUUGAUUACGAGCCCAAGAGACAGAAAGGGCCACAUGAACCAGCGACUACAUCAUCCUGAGACUAGAAGAACUAGAUGGUGUCCGGCUACAACCGAUGACUGUCCUGACAGGGAACACAACAGAGAAGCCCUGAGGGAGCAGAAGAGCAGUGGGAUGCAGACCCCAAAUUCUCGUAAGACCAGACUUAAUGGUCUGACUGAGACUGGAAGGACCUUGGUGGUCAUGGCCCCCAGGCCUUCUAUUGGCCCAGGACAGGAACCAUUCCCAAAGCCAACUCUUCAGACAUGGAUUGGACUGGACAAUGGGUUGGAGAGGGAUGCUGGUGAGGAGUGAGCUUCUUGGAUUAGGUGGACACUUGAGACUAUGUUGGCUUCUCCUGUCUGGAGGGGAGAUUAGAGGGUGGAGGGGGUUAGAAGCUGGUGGAAAAGGACACGAAAAGAGAAUGGAGGGAGAGAGCAGGCUGUCUCAUUAGGGGGAGAGUAAUUGGGAGUGUGUAGCAAGGUGUAUAUGGGUUUUUGUGUGAGAGACUGACUUGAUUUGUAAACUUUCACUUAAAUCACAAUAAAAAUUAUUAAAAAAAAAAAACAAACUCUAUGGAGCAGCUCUACCCUGUACACAUGGGGUGGCCGUGAGUCGGAAUCGACUCAACAACAACCAAGGACAAUGCAUAGGGGCACUGUAAAGACCAAAAAGAUUACGGGCAUUGCAAUGACCAAUUGCUAGAGAAGAAUAAAGUGACAUUAGUUAGUAAUUAUCUCCAUUAUAAUCCCAACUAUUGGACGGUAGAGUCAGGUCACUUCCAACAGGUUCUUCUGCACAUAACAGAGCAGAUCAUGCAGGAAGCUUGGUUCUCUGAAAUCUCAGGGCUCAGCACUGAGAGGUGAAGGACUAGUGAGUACAUCUUAUGUGAACUUGCUCAACUGCACCCUAUUUCCAAAGCAUUUCAAAAGGAAGAGUAAAACGGGCAUUAGGACGUCUGCAUUUUAUUCCUAAUCACUGCUGACUCUGAUAUUACAUAGUCAUCGUGGUGAAGUGGCCUUCCAGGAGGCUCCAGGAGGCCGAGGUCUGGCUCAGCCCCGGUUUUUGCACUAAACGGCUGUGAGACCUGAAUACAUGGGGCCCCAAGUUCCCUAGGCUGCCAAAACAGCGUUUAGAUAAAAUAGCUCUUUCUUUAAUUUUUUUUUUUAAGUGAAGGCGUUUGGAUUCUGUAAGCACUUUAUCAUUUUUUAGCACAGUUAGCAGGAAAAGCAAAGCAACCUUCUCCAACCUGCCUUUACUCAUCCAACAGGAAGAAAUGAAAGAAAAUCUGCUCAGUGUCCAAGGCAUUUUCUAGUAUGUUUCUUUGCUUGUCUCCUACCAUAUAAAGAAAAACAAACUGAUAUAUAUAUAUAUAUAUAUAGUACUUUAGAUGAAGGUUUACAGAACAAACUAGCUUGUUUUAUGACCUUGGUUAACAACCCCACGACAUGUCAACACUCUCCCCUUCUGAACCUUGGGUUCGCUAUUAUCAGGUUUCCUGACCACUCCUGCCUUCUUUUCCUUGCCCCUGGGCUGUGUGCCACUUUAGUCUCAUUUCUAAUCUUUGGCUGAAGGGUGAACUUGGGGAGUGAUUUCAUUACUGAGCUAAAAGGGUGUCCGGGGGCCAUACUCCCAGGGUUUCUCUAGUCUCUGUCAGGCCAGUAAGUCUGGUCUUUUUUUUGUGAGUUAGAAUUUUGUUCUACAUAUUUCUCCAUCUCUGUCUGGGACCCUCUAUUGUGAUCCCUGUCAGAGCAGUCAGUGGUGGUAGCUGGGCACCGUCUUGCUGUGCUGGACUCAGUCUGGUGGAGGCCAUGGUAGAUGUGGCCUGUUAGUUCUUUGGACUAAUCUUUCCCUUAUAUGUUUAGUUUUCUGCAUUCUCCCUUGCUCCUGAAGGGGUGAGAACAGUGGAGUAUCUUAAAUGGCUACUCACAGGCUUUUAAGACCCCGGAUGCUACUCACCAAAGUAAAAUGUAGAACAUUUUCUUUAUAAACUAUGUUAUGCCAAUUGAGCUAGAUGUUCCCCAAGAUCACGCAAACUGAUAUUUUUGAGUUUCAUUAAAAAACAGAGAAAAACAAUAUUUCUCCAGUACUAAUGAAACACUAUUAACUUCCAUGACUUGUUAUUUCCUGAAUAAUGGUUUUGAUUUCUCAACCUGUACUUGGCAGCUGGUAACUGUCAAAUACUUAUAAUAUAUUAAUCUGCUUUAGACCUACCUCACUUCCAGGAACAAUUCACAACCAUAGCUAGAGAUGCCAGAUUAUUUCUAAGUAAGUGUCUUUGUUUGUUUUGCUUGGUUUUGGUUGCAUCUAUUUCUGCAGAGGAAACCCCGGUGGUGUAGUGGUUAAGAGCUAUGACUGCUAACCAAAAGGUUGGCAGUUUGAAUCUACCCAGGCGCUCCUUGGAAACUCUAUGGGGGCAGUUCUACUCUGUCCUGUAGGGUCACUAUGAGUCAAAAUUGACUUGACAGCAACAGGUUUGUUUUUUUGUUUUAUUACUGCAGAAAUACCUUUUAAGCUACUACAGUUUAGAUAAUUACACAUUUAUGUACUUUUUUCCUUGCAGGGAAUUUGUGUCAUUCAUAUAAUCUGGGUGUUACCGUGGUCUGGUUGCAUGACCAAUCUGAGUAUGUUGAAUUGAGUGCCUUCGGUAGGCUCACCAGUGCGAAGUCAUAUAGGAUGGAGUGUUCUGGCAUCCUCAAUUUACUAAUGGGAUGUUUUCCACAACUUUGUUUCUAAAUUGUUUGUUUACAACUCUGAUUGCAUUUCUCUACAGGAAGAAUAUUGUGUGACAAAAACCUAAUUGAUUCCUAAUGGGUGACACUUAUUAUAAUGAUCUGAAUUCAAGGGAACAUGUUCAGGAUGGAAGGGAAGUGCAAAGAGAAUUUUAUUUCCAUUUCUUAAAUAUAUAACUGGCCCUGUGGAAACCGUGGUUGGCAGUUUGAAUCCACCAGGCACUCCUCGGAAACUUUAUGGGGCAGCUCUACUCUGUCCUAUAGGGUCGCUAUGAGUCAGAAUCAACUCGAUGGCAAUGGGUAAUGGGUAUGCACAUUUUGGAGCCUAGUGGCACAGUAGUUAAGAGCUUGGGUGCUAACCAAUAGGUUGGCAGUUUGAAUCCACCAGCCGCUCCUUGGAAGCCCUAUGGGGCAGUUCUACUCUGUCCUAUAGGGUCACUAUGAGUUGGAAUCAACUCGACGGCAAUGGCACCUAACAACAACAAUACACUUUUGUAACUUGAAUUUUAAUUUUUGACUCAAUAUUCUUUGGCUUACAGAAAAGCUACCAAGAGUAGUGUUCACCCAGCUUCCUAUAUGUUAUCAACUUGCAUAAGCAUAAUACAAUCAUAAAACCAAGAAAUUAACAUUGGCUAUGUAAAAGUUUUUCACAUUAACCAAUUAAUGUUGGUUAAUAUUAACUACUAACGUAGGGAGCUUAUUCAGAUUUCACCAAUUUUCCCUCUAAAGUUAUUUUUCUGUUCCAGAUUCAAUGCACGACCCCAUGAUACAUUUAUAUCUCCUUGUUGUUAGGUGCCGUCAAGUCGCUUCUGACUCAUGGUGACCCAAUGUGCAACAGAAUGAAGCACUUGCCCGGUCCUGAGCCACCCUCACAAUCUUUGCUCUGUUUGAGUCCAUUGUUGCAGCCACUGUGUCAAUCCAUCUCAUUAAGGCUCUCCUUUUUCUCUGACCCUCUACUUCAUCAAGCAUGAUGUCCGUCUCCAGGGACUGGUCCCUCCUAACAUGUCCAAAGUAUAUAAGAUGAAGUCUCCCAUCCUUGUUUCUGAAGAGCUUUCUCACUGUACUUCUUCCAAGACAGAUUUGUUUGUUCUGCUGGCAGUCCAUGGUAUAUUCAAUAUUUUUCACCAACACCACAAUUCAAAUGCAUCAAUUCUUUGUCUUUCCUUAUUCAUUGUCCAGCUUUUGCAUGCAUAUGAGGUGAUUAAAAAUACCCUGGUUUGGGUCAGGCACAUCUUAGUCCUUAAAGUGACAUCUCUGUUUUCUAACACUUUAUAAGAGGUCUUUUGCAGUAGAUUUGCCCAGUGCAAUACAUUGUUUGGUUUCUUAACUGCUGUUUGCAUGGGCGUUGAUUAUAGAUCCAGGUAAAAUGAAAUCCUUGACAACUUCAAUAUUUUCUCCGUUUAUCAUGAUGUUGCUUAUUGGUCCAGUUGUGAGGAUUUUUGUCUUCUUUAUGUUGAGGUGUAAUCCAUACUGAAGGCUGUGAUCUUUGAUCUUCAUCAGUAAGUGCUUCAAGUCGUCUUCACUUUCACCAAGCAAGGUUGUGUCUUCUGCAUAUCGCAGGUUGUUAAUAAGUCUUCCUCCAAUCCUGAUGCCAAGUUCUUCUUCAUAUAGUCUGUACAGCUUCUCCGGUUAUUUGCACAGCAUACAGAUUAAAUAAGUAUGGUGAAAGGAUACAAUCCUGACUCAUACCUUCCCUGAUUUUAAACCAUUCAGUAUCCCUUUGUUCUGUUUGAAUGACUGCCUCUUGUACUAUGUACAGGUUCCUCAUGAGCACAAUUAAGUGUUCUGGAAUUCCCAUUCUUCUCAAUGUUAUCCAUAAUUUGUUAUGAUCCACCCAGUCGAAUGCCUUUGCAUAGUCAAUAAAACACAGGUAAGCAUCUUCCUCGUAUUCUCUGCUUUCAUCCAAGCACCAUCUGAUGUCAGCGAUGAUACCCCUGGUUCCACGUCCUCCUUAGUGUCUCCUUGGUCUCCUUCAGUCUGGGACAACAGUUCCUCAGUCUCCUUGUCUUUUAUGAUCUGGACACUUUUGAUGAGUACCGUUCAGUUGCUUUGUAGAAUGUCUCUCAGAUUGGGUUUGUCUGACCCUUUCUCACAAUUAGAGUAAGGUUAUGCAUUUUUGGCAAGAAAAUGACAGAAGUGAUGCUGUGUUCUUCUCAGUGCAUCACAUCAGGGGGGACACGAUGUAGAGAGACCUUUUAUUACUGACGAUGUUAACCUUUGGGGCACAACAGGUUCCAUUAUGUGGUCUUUCUGGCCCUGGGUUUGCAGUCUGCCUCAGAUGACUGAUUGAUCUGCAGAUCUGGAGGGAAGCCCUGCCUUGAAAUUUUCAAGGAGUUUUCAUAUGUAACAGCAGAUCCCACAGAGACUUGGGGCCUCCUGAGUGACAAAGAGCUGGUAGGAGACUGCCACUUUGAGACACAGGGCCCUGCACUGAGAACCUCCCAGACCUGGUAAAGACCUGUACAUGAGUAAAGGGCUGUAACACUGAGCCAGUAACACUGAAGACCUGGAAAAAUGAUGGCAGCGAGAGAGGCAGCAGAGAGGCCAGAGCGACCAACACAGCAGAGCCAACCCGCAGCAUGAGCGGCGAGAC